CGCAAAGUUUUUAGUAAAACUGUUGUCAUUUUCUCACAUGUGGACGUGUUGCUCUUUAUCACAGAGCAGGAACACGGGACAUAAAGUAACAUCAGUCAGUGUAAUGUUGUGCUGAGCGAAGUCAGUGGGUACUGCGUGUUUUCUGCCACGCAGGCACACAGAUUUCAACCAACCGUUGUGAAUGGGAGGGAUCAGCUCCAGUAGAGUUAGCCACGUAGCUUGUAGCCUCUAACGUUAGCCUUGUAGCUGACGUCCCUAAGAGCUACUAUCAUGGAUCUGCCACAUCACGGGUACAGAGCAACUAAGCAGAGAGCUCGUGCAGCUCCCCCUGUAGGAGACUCUGUCUUGUUUGAUGACACCAGCUCAGCAGCACCUGGAAUAAGCAGCCAGGGCUUCUACACUUCUGGUUAUAACAUGGCAGGACCUUCAAAUGACAUGCAGGGAGGUCCAGCAGUUAACAACCUGUUCACCGACCCAGUGGCCAACGCCGCCAUGAUGUAUGGUUCAUCUUUAGCCAACCAAGGAAAAGACAUUGUUAACAAGGAGAUUAGCAGAUUCAUGUCUGUGAACAAGCUGAAGUACUUCUUUGCAGUGGACACCAGAUAUGUCCUGAAGAAACUUAUGAUCCUCAUGUUCCCCUACACACAUCAGGAUUGGGAGGUCCGUUACCAUCGGGACACUCCGCUCACUCCAAGGCAAGAUGUAAACGCGCCAGAUCUUUACAUACCAACCAUGGCUUUCAUUACCUACAUUUUACUGGCUGGUAUGGCCCUUGGUAUUCAGAAAAGGUUCAGCCCAGAGGUUCUUGGACUGUGUGCCAGCACUGCCCUCGUGUGGAUCAUCAUCGAAGUCUUGGUCAUGUUGCUGAGUUUGUAUCUGUUGACGGUACACAGCGACCUCUCAACCUUCGACCUCAUCGCCUACAGUGGAUAUAAAUAUGUUGGAAUGAUCUUCACGGUGUUGAGUGGCUUAUUGUUCGGCAGUGAUGGGUAUUAUGUUGCCCUUGUGUGGUCCUCUUGUGCCCUAAUGUUCUUUAUUGUUCGAUCUCUGAAAAUGAAGAUCCUGCCCUCCAUCUCCUCGGACUCUAUGGGGAUGGGAUCGAACGCCAAGCCUCAACUCCGCCUUUAUAUCACUGUGGCAACCGCAGUCUUCCAGCCAAUCAUUAUCUACUGGUUAACCUCUCAUUUAGUCAGGUGACUGUAAGGUCACCUCAAGUCCAACAGGACUGGACCCAGGCUUGGGUGUUUGGCUGUUUGUACACUUGCCCUUAUACUGUUUUGUUAACAAAUCUAAAACAUUUGUGGAUCGUGUUGAGUUGCACCGUGUGUAAAGCUUUUCAGUUCCAUUGAAAUAAGCAGAACGUGUGAAAGUGUCUCUCCGUCUGCUGUGUGUUUGCGAAGUAACGCUGAUAAAUGCUUGAUUUUUCAACACAAGGGCUCCCGGUCACAGGUUUUAAAAUCUGAUUCUGUGCAAAAUAGCCUUUUUAUCAUGUCUCUGGACAUGCUUCUCAGUGUUUAAACCAAACCAAAACCCACAUCUUUACGCUUGUAGUUGAAGUGAAGUUUUUCUGUUGUGGUUAUGUUGCUGCUGCAUCAUCUCCCCUUUCGGUUUUCAUCUCUGGAUUUUAUUUAUCUACAUUUUGACAAAGCAUGACAAAGUUUGGAUUUUUGUAGAAAAAAAUAAACAUUUAGCUUUGUGUA